AUGAAUAAUCUCUUCAUCUUUUUGAUUCUUCUUAGUUUAUGCAUCAAGCAUACAGUAGGAAAAGAAAUUAAAAUCGUGCUCGUGAACGAAUUGCACAAUAAAGUCCUCGCGAUACGUUGUAAAUCCAAAAACGACAACCUUGGCGACCAUGAUUUGCGCGUUGGCCAAAGCAAGGAAUUUGAAUUCAACAAUAACGUUUGGCUCUCGACGCUGUUUUGGUGUAACAUGUGGCAAGCACCUAGUCUAAGUGGAAACGAUAUGGGUCCAACGUACUUUUGGAUAGCAAGAGAGGAUGGGAUCUACUAUAGAGAAGAACCCUUUGGUAAACCUCCUGUGAAAAGAUAUGACUGGAAUCAAACGGCACCUUGA